CUAGCUAAGCCUGACUGCUACCCAGCAACCACCUGAGAGCCUCCAACUAGCUCCUUCCGCCAGCCGAUCGAGCUAGCCGGCCACCUACGCAUGGCGAAGGUCCACCCCAACGUGAUGCCGUCGCCGGGCGAGGCAGCGGCAGCGGCGGCGGGGCCAGCGACCGAGGAGGCGACGACGCUGACGGUGUGGCGCAAGUCGCUGCUGUUCAACUGCAAGGGGUUCACGGUGUUCGACGCCAAGGGUAACCUCGCCUACCGCGUCGACAGCUACGACGCCGAGCCGGCGGGCGCCGAGGUCGUCCUCAUGGACCCCGUCGGCCGCCCGGCCUUCACCGUGCGCCGCAAGCGCCUGAGCCUGGCCGGCGAGCAGUGGCUCGUCUACGCGGGUGAGGAGGCGCGCCGGCCGGUCCACGCCGUCAAGCGCGGCGGCGGCAAGUCGGUGGCGCGCGUGGCGCCGUGCGCGGGAGGCGCCGGGGCGUCCUACGAGGUGGAGGGGUCGUACGCGAGGCGGCGCUGCGUGGUGUACGACGGCCAGCGCCGGGCGGUGGCGGAGGUCCAGCCCAAGGAGGCGGUCGGCACGGACGUGUUCCGGCUGGUGGUGCAGCCGGGUGUCGACGUGUCGCUCGCCAUGGCCGUGGUGGUGGUGCUCGAUCAGAUGUUUGGGAGGCCGUCUUUCCUCGGGAGCUGGUCCUCGUAGAUAUAUACUCCAACAAUUUUAGCCCAAUCUAGUCAACUUUUUGCCCCUUUCUUGGGGUUGUGAAUUUGUGAAUGGUGAAUUCAAUCAGCGUCGGCAUGGGAGCAAAUCCUGUUCCAGCUUGCCCCAAUCGCCUGGCCAAUUGAGUUGCUUGUUUUUUGGUGCAUCACAUGAAGUCCCUCUUGAAUCUGUUUGGUCUUCACACCAGAAUCCAUCGAUGAAUCUUGUAAAGAGAGACGGAGAUGCACAUAUCUGAAGAAAGAAGCAAAAGAGUACAAAAUAACAUUUCUUUUGGUA